AGAGGAAUAAGCGGAAGUUGAAGUUAGUUGUGCUGCAGCUGCAGAGGCUUGUGGUUGUAGUCUGUCCAGUUGAGCUUGAUAUACAGAGAAAGCAAAUGGGCCUUCGGAAACUAUACUUAUACAGUAAUAGACCAGGAACAUUUGGUGGACAUUUGGUGAAAAGAAAAAAGAUCCUGUUUGCACUGUAUUUUUUGAAUACCUGCUGUUUAGCCAACACACUCAGUGUUAAUGAUUUUACUAAACAGAAAUUUUUAAUAUUGAUGUCAGAAUGGAAAAAACAGAAAUUUUAACGAAAAAGAAAACUCAUCGACGUAAAGCGGGCGGUAAAAGAAGAAAAGACAAAAAUGAUCGUUCGCUGGAAACAACAAGUGAUCAAGAGCCUAUCGUAUCCGAAGUAGCCGCCUCGCAGACCGAUAGACAGUUGUCAGAGGAUGGUGAACCAUUAAGGAAACAUUUCAAAAUGCUACACAAAGAGAAUCAUCCUCUAAUACAUCCUCACAAGUUUACCCGUGGAGGUAGAAGGUUGUUGAGACCUGCCAAAGUUCCAAAAGCACCCCAGAACUCAACACAAUUCAUCAUAGAUGACCACGAAAACUCUGCUUUUUUUAUUGAUUUUGAUAAAGGAUUUACCCCACCUGGUGCAAGAGAUGAUGUUGGCUGGUCUCCGUAUUUUCAACAAGACUUUGAAAAUGUGUACAGGACAACAAGAGAAGCUGAAACAACCAUUGAUUGGACCCAGGAUGAUCUCGUUGAGAAAAUAUCAAGUCUAGAGGAGCGUGUGAAAAACCUUGAACACCAGUUGUCAAUAUGUGACUCUAAUGUUUACAUGAACCAAAUGCAUCAUCGCAUAGUGUGCAUGCAAGAUAAAAAUAGAAGAAUCAAAGAAUUUCGUGUCUGGUGUCCAAUGCAUGGGAAGAAGGUUAGGAUGAGAAAUCCAUCUACAGAAACUUCCAGCGAAGAUUGUUCCACUUCGUCAAGCCAAUCACCUGAUGAGGAAGAAGAAGUCAUACAGAACGGGGAGUCUGAUUCCAGUGACGAAGAAAUGACGGAGGAGGAUGUCAAUCAAGAGCUGAAAGAGAGUAUCAAUACUGUGUCCUCCGAAAAACCCGAAGAUGUCAAUGAAGAAGCCGGAAGAAUCGGAGAGAGAACUGAAAGCGUACAGUCGAAUGACGAAGUUGUCAGUGAAGAGCCCUGAAUAUCGUAACUUUUUUUUCUUUUUUACUUGUAAAAUUUUUUUUUUGUGUAUGCGUGAUUUUGAUGCCUGUGAGAAAGAGCGGUUGUUGCAGGUAAAUAAAAUUGAAAUGUUGAACAUCGUCA